GCGUGUGAGUUUGUGAUUAAGAAAAACAAAGCAUUAAUUAAACUCUCCCUAUUUUCCUGUCUACUAACUAACAGGUGGUUGAGCUGCAAAAUGCCCUUAAUUAUUCCCAUCUCCUCCAUUAUUAAUUCCUUUACUUAUCUCUCUUUUUCAUAUCAUUAAUCACUUUCCACCAAGUUGUUAUACCUAGGUUACCUACCCAAACAAUUUAAUCUCCUCUCCUUGAUUAGCAAAUUAACCAAUAGAUUAGUAAUCAUCAUCUAAUUUAUGUGAACGUAAGAAAUGUCGUUGAUGAUCAGGGAUUUGAGCAGUUUACAUUACACAGAUAAUUUCUGGAAAACAGAGAAGCAUGUGAAGGAAUGCCGGAGUUUGAAAUUUGAUUGUAACGCGAAGAAGAAAUGGAGAGCGAUAACUGCUAGUGCAGACAGCAGCGGAAGCAGAAGCAUUGAUACAAUUAAUGGGAAGAAGAUAAAUGGUGUUCAUGUUGAGGGGCACUCGCAAUCAGGACAAAGGGGAAAUGUAGUUGAAUCAGGAUCAUCAUCAUCACCGAAACAUUCAUAUAUGUUAGGGAAUUUUGUGGAGGAUAAGGUUGUGUAUAGGCAGUCAUUUGUGAUUAGGUCUUAUGAAAUUGGACCUGAUAAAACUGCUACUAUGGAAACUAUCAUGAAUCUCCUUCAGGAGACAGCUCUAAAUCAUGUGGCGAACUCAGGGGUUGGUAGUAGUGGAUUCGGGGCUACACGAGAGAUGAGCCUUAGGAAACUCAUAUGGGUAGUCACUCGCAUACAUAUACAAAUUGAACAAUAUAGCUCUUGGGGAGAUGUGGUAGAGAUCGAUACAUGGGUAGAUGCAGCAGGCAAAAAUGGAAUGAGAAGGGAUUGGAUCAUUCGCGACUCCAACACUCGCAAAAUCAUCACUAGAGCAACAAGUAAAUGGGUGAUAAUGAACAUAGAAACAAGAAGGUUAUCCAAAAUCCCAGAGCAGGUCAAAGCAGAAGUUCGACCUUUCUACAUCAACAGAUUCGCGAUCCCUACUGCACAAAUUGACUCUGAAAAGAUUGAGAAACUCAACGAUGAAACUGCCCAAAUCAUCUCUUCCGGCUUAGCUCCGCGAUGGAGCGACAUGGAUGCUAAUCAACAUGUCAACAAUGUCAAAUAUAUUGGAUGGAUUUUGGAGAGUGUGCCCAUAAAUGUUUUAGAAGACUACUACUUAAUGAGCUUGACAUUAGAGUAUAGACGCGAAUGUCAAUUAUCAAAUGUGCUGCAAUCCAUGACAACUAUGAGAGAAAUAGCAACAUCAGCAAGUGAUAAAAAUUGUGGACUUGAAUGCACACAUCUGAUUCGAAUGGAGGCUGAUCGAGCUGAGGUUGUUCGAGCAAGGUCCCUAUGGCAGCCAAAACAGUGAACUAGUUAACUGUAUGUGCUAUUUUUCUUCUCUACAUUCAUAUUCUUUGCGGUGUGUAUUUACAUUUAUCAACAUAAUGUAUAAGUAUAGCAGUAGCUUAUUAGUUAGUUAUAGGGUACUGUACUAGUUGCUGGUAAAAUUGUUGUCAUGUAAUCAGGAGGUCACUGGUUCAGGCCAUGCAAACAUCCUCUUGUGGAAAUGCAUGGCAAGCUAAGGCUGAGUACUACAGACCCUUGUGGUUGGAUCUUUUCCCGUACCCUGCUCAUAGUGAGAGUUUUAGUGCACCGAAUUGCCUUUUACUCGAACACUAUAUCUAUUAUUGAUUUAUUUUCUCUUUGUAAUUUCAAAAAGACACAUUACUUCA